CUUCAACAUCUUUCUAUGUUGAGUUCCUUGAUCCUUUUACAUACUGAAACGGAAGAUGAUAGAAACAACUCGGAUAAUCAUGACCUGUAAUUACAUUACUACCAAGUGAUGAUAUCGAUGAAGCCUUACCCAUUAGAUACGGAACUCCGCGUGCGUUCUCCGAGAAUUACCUGGAUUUGUUCGAUUAAUCCCGCAGGAUAGGCUCUCGUAACCUCCGUGAUACUCCGGAACAUCCACAUAGAACCCCGGACGCCUUAUUUCAUCUUCCCUACCUAGGUAUUCAUCUAUUAAGCAGCUCUUGGGCUACAUGUACUCCAUAUGGAAUCCUCGGGCCGUUUUUUCGCCAAUCCGACCAAGCCUCUCCUGACUAUAGACCCAAAUCAAGUGCUUCUAGCUAGCCUCGACCGGAUUACUACAUACAACCCACUAGUCCACACAUGUUCCACAGGCUGGACGUUUCAUGGCUUCUACAGCGACCCAACCUCAAUUGCUUACCUAUUCUAUCGUCUCUCCCUCCUCUUUUCGGAUCUGGAAUUCAAACGACAAGCGCUCAUAGACUGGGCUCAGGCAUAUCUCGAUCUAAGCAUCCGCCUCCAGAAGAAACCACCGGAUCCAAGUAACUGCGGUAUUGCAAACGAGGGACUUGCAUACAUGGCCCUAUCAGCAGUCAUGAUGCAAGACGCCAGCAUAGCGCAAAACAUAUGCGAUUACGAAAAGCCACUUAACGAUGGCCCCAGAAGCAAGGAAUGUUCCAACGAAUGGUUAUACGGCCGCGCUGGGUAUCUCUACUUCCUUCGCCUAUGUCGAACAGUCUUCAAAGACUGGCGCACAGCCGCAGUCCUCGAUACUGCAAUCGACAAGACCAUAAGACGUAUAAUAUGCGUACCGCAACCGUGGACCUGGUAUGGGAAAGAGUAUUUCGGCGCUGCUCAUGGUACUAUUGGGACUAUUUGUCAGAUUGUUUUAUCACGACCUUUCAUGGCGCCUCAGAUUCGGAAUUUAUUAUCGGGUCUUCUUGAUGAGCAGUACGAAAGUGGGAAUUUCCCUUCCUCUGCGGGUUCUGAUUCGGAUAAGUUGGUUCAGUUCUGCCAUGGAGGUCCGGGGUUUCUUAUUUCUCUUCGGUCGCUUGCCCCGCAUUUUCCGGAGUUGAGGAAGAAGAUUGAGGGCGUAAUCAAGAAGGCGGCGGAUGAUACGUGGGAGCGUGGGUUAUUGACGAAGAAACCGUGUCUUUGUCAUGGGAUCGCUUCGAAUGCGCUUGCUCUUGAUUGUGAUGAAGGGGAAGAAAAGUUUAUGCAUUUCUUGUCGUUCAUGAGUACGGAAUCAAUGGAGAAGAUGGACUGGAUGCGUGACGCGGGACGGGAUGAUGAGUUUGUCGGGCUGUAUACGGGGGAAGGAGGCAGAGCCUGGGCAUGGGGUGUGGCGGUGAAGAAAGGUGACAGGGUAUGUAUUGGAUAUAAUGACAUAUGAUAGAGUGGAACGAGAUUGCCUACCGUUAACUUCAUCGUUGCUCUUAGUAGGGCCUAAAUAGUGUCGGCCUAGGUUGGUUUCAGGGGCAAGUACGAGUAUUUGGUACGAAUCGACAGAAUUCUGCCACUGGAACGUCACUCGUUAAAUUUAAGUCUAGGACCUAAUACACGUUAUGGUAUGUUGAAUACCAAACAUAAUCAAUGAUAACCCGCCCUUCAUCUG